AUUACAAUGAUCGUAAAUAAACGGUGAGGUCUCGCGUACAAGUUUAAAACAGUACAUCGGCUAAUGAAAGUUGCUAAUGGAAGUUUUGUGAUAAUUAAUAUGAUAGCUUUCCUAUAAUAUAUAAUGGAAGAAAAAGUGGUAUUCAAAAAAUCGUUUAAAAAAAAUAUCCGGAAAAGGAAGCUGGAUGAUGCACAAUCUUCUAGUAGCAGCGAAGAUGAAACUAAAGUUAUACGGAGAGAAAAGAAAACAGACUCAAGAAAUCCAAUGAUUCAAGGUACAAAAACCCUUAAAAAGAGAGAGGAAGUAGUUGCUAGUUUAGACAGUGACCCAGAAGGCGCAAUUCCUGCUUAUAAAUCAUCUAAAACCAGUGAACGCGUUGGACCGUCAGAUAUGGGCGCUACAUUAACAUUACAGAUUGAAACUGAAAAGGAACGAGACGCACAAGCAAUAUUUGAGAAGGCUCAAAAAAUCAAUGAGGAGUUAAAAGGUAAAGCUGAUGACAAGAUAUAUAGAGGAAUCAAUAAUUAUGCUCAGUAUAGCAAAAAGAAGGAUACAGCUCAAGGUAACGCUUCUAGUGGAAUGGUCAGGAAAGGACCAAUUCGAGCACCAGAAAACAUUAGAUCAACAGUGCGAUGGGACUAUCAGCCAGAUAUCUGUAAAGAUUACAAGGAGACUGGCUUUUGUGGUUUUGGAGAUAGUUGCAAAUUCAUGCAUGAUAGGUCAGAUUAUAAGCAAGGUUGGCAGUUAGAAUUAGAAAUGUCUAACAAUACUUACGGAAAAGAAGAUUCAACAAAAUACGAAAUCAGCUCAGAUGAAGAUGAUUUACCAUUUAGAUGUUUCAUCUGCCGCAACUCAUUUCAAGAUCCUGUUGUUACUAAAUGCAAUCAUUAUUUUUGUGAGAAAUGUGCUUUAGAAAACUAUAAGAAAAGUACACGUUGUUUUGUCUGUGGUGUACAAACUUCAGGCAUUUUUAAAGCUGCAAAAGAACUUGCAGCUAAAUUAUCUACACAUAACAAAAGGGAUGAAUCUGAUGAUAGUGAUUAAUAAAAUAACUGUAUUUAAAUCUCUGCUUAAUAGUUAAAACCAA